AUGUCUACCGCCAGCGAAAUCCACAAGCCCGGCACAACCGACGGCUGGCAUGGCGUCAUCCCCAGCGAACAAUUCCCCGCCGAAAGAGGCCGCUACCACCUCUACAUAGGACUCUUCUGUCCCUUCGCGCACCGCGCCAAUUUCAUCCGCCACCUCAAAGGCCUCACCGAGUUUAUCGAUAUCAGCGUCGUCAAACCCUAUCCCAAGGGCGACGAGAAAGGCUGGCCGGGUUGGCGUUUCCCCAAAUCAGAUGAUGAGUACCCAGGCGCGACGGUCGAUCAUCUCUUCGGUGAGGAUUAUCUGCACAAGAUCUACUUCCGCGCGGAUCCGGAGUAUAAGGGCCGGUACUCUGUUCCAUUGUUAUGGGAUAAAAAGAACGCGACCGCUGUUUGCAAUGAAAGUGCCGAGCUUCUUCGCUGGCUUCCAACAGCUUUCAAUGAACUAUUGCCCCCACCACUUGCCGCAAUUGAUCUCUACCCUGUCGAUCUUCGCGCCAAGAUCGACGCCAUUGCCCCAUGGAUGCAAUCAGACCUCAAUAUCGGAGUCUACAAAGCGGGCUUUGCGCCAUCGCAAGAGGUCUACGAUAAGAACGUCAUCCCUGUCUUUGGUGCAUUGAACAAACUUGAGCGCAUCAUUGCUCAGCAUGGUGGACCUUUUGUUCUGGGUUCGACGAUGACAGAACUUGAUGUUCGCUUGUAUACGACGUUGAUCCGCUUUGACACCGUCUACGUGCAGCACUUUAAGUGUAAUUUGGGGACUAUUCGGCAUGAUUACCCUGUGCUGAAUAACUGGUUGAAGGGGAUGUACUGGGAUGUUGAGGCUGCUCGGAAGUCGACUGAUUUCAAACAUAUCAAAGAGAAUGUGCGUGUCGUCUUCAUUGAAUUUUGUAGAGUGGAAGCUGAUGAUUUGCAGUACACGAAGAGCCAUUACGAUAUCAAUCCCAAGGCAAUCACUCCAAUGGGACCUUUCCCUGAUAUUGAAGAGGGGGUCCAGAAAGAUUGGAGUAAACUCGUGGUUGGAGGUGUUAAGCACCCCGCGGUGUUGGACUACGAAUCUACGCUUCCUGAUGUCUGCUGGGCUGAGAUGGACGAGAGAACGCACUAG